AAGCAUUGUGCCCCUUUUCCCCGAGCCAAACCCAUUACGAUCAACAGCUUACGAAAGCUUGCACGAAGGUUUGAUUUGUUUUUAUUUCUUGUGUCGUUUCGUGUGUUGCGUCGAUUUCGAGAGCGAGGGAGCCGGCGCCAGUCUCCUAUUCCCUGCCAAGUUUUACCGCGUGCUCGUCGUGUUUCGUUGCAGCAUUGUUUAGAGUAGUAGCGCGGAGCGUUGCGGAGCCGGGGUUGCCAUGGGUGUCACUAGAGAAGGCGUCGAGGCUACGCUCACUUCCAAGCUCCAGCCUACAUACCUCGAGGUCAUAGAUACGUCUGGCGGAUGUGGAGCCAGCUUUGCCGUUGCUAUCGUGUCCUCGGCCUUUGAGGGCAAGCGACUCCUCGAAAGACACCGCAUUGUGAACACUGCAUUGGCAGAGGAAAUGAAGAGCAUUCAUGCCCUCUCCAUCAGUAAGGCUCUCACUCCCAAACAGUGGAAUGAUCAGCAGCCCGCUGAAGAACAAAAGGCUCCUGCAGCUGAAGUUCAGGAGCACCCAGCUACUGCGGUGGUUUAGGAAACUAAAGAAACCUUCAUGGUUUGUCACCCCUUGGAAUUGUUCCUCAACAAAGUAUUCUGUGGCUUGACGAUCUUCUUGAAAACUUUCUAUUCAUUUUACCCAUUUAUGCGUGCUUGGUUUAUAUUUUGCAGUGUAAGAUACCUUCUAAUCAAUAUGUGAUUUGGUACAGAAGAUUUAAGUUUCCACUA